AUGUCGAGGGAUAGUCCCAGACUGAGUCGGCUGGGCGUGCUUGCUCCAGCGGCCCUCUCCGCCUGCAUGGACGCCUCCGUGUUGGCGGUGCCUGCCGCCGGGGCUGUCGUUUCAACAGUCCUUAAGGAACUCAGCAAAGCUUUUAUGCUGAAAAAAUGGUAUCAUGGGAUUAUGUCAGCGAAGGAAGCAGAACACUUGAUGAUGGAGAAAGGCAGAAACGGCUCCUUCUUGGUGCGUGAGUCGCAGACGCAUCCCGGAGAAUACGUGCUGUCUGUGCGCGUGCGUGGCCGAGUCAGCCAUGUCAUGAUCAGACGGCAACACAACAAAUACGACGUCGGCAGUGGCGAACAAUUUGAUGAUUUAGUGGGUUUGAUCGAGCACUUUCGUUCGUAUCCUAUGAUCGAGACGUCUGGUGAUGUUCUAAGACUUUUGCAACCAGUGAGUGGGACAUGUUUAAGGGCCAAAGAUAUACAACAAAAAGUACAGGAAAUGGACGACGUUCGAGUGACAGAAAAUUCUGGUUUCGAUGACGAGUUCCAGAUCCUAAAAAUGAUAGAAGACAUUCACGUUUACACAAACUAUGAAGGAACAAAGACGCAAAAUGCAAAUAAAAAUAGAUACAGGAAUAUAUUGCCUUAUGACCAGACUCGUGUUAUACUACGCAAUGUUAAUGACAAAAAUAAAUCAGACUAUAUUAACGCCAACUACAUCCGGUGCUGCAGACUAAGAGAUUCUUCCAGCUCCGUGCAGUCGUCAAAUGAAAGCCUUAAUAGUGUUAGUUCCCUAAUCCUAAGAAGCGAGACCAAACAAGUACCACUAGUCACAAAAUCUUUGUCAGAUGACGCUCUCAGGGAAGCAAAGAAAUAUAUCAAUAUCGAUAAAAUUAAUGGGAAUGAAAAUAUAUUGAAAAAUAAAUCAUAUAUAGCAACACAAGGCUGUCUACUAAACACAAUAAACGAUUUCUGGCGUAUGCUAUGGCAAGAGGACGUUAGAGUCAUAGCUAUGAUAACUAAUGAAGUAGAAAAUGGAAAGAAAAAAUGUGAAAGAUAUUGGCCUCUCUCUGGAGCACAAGAACGGUAUGGUGACUUAACAGUAAGAUCAGUAUCUGAGACUUGUUACGAGGACUAUCUUAUACGGGAGUUGUAUGUAACAGAGAAGACCACCUCCAGAACUAUAUAUCAAUAUCAAUAUACGAGUUGGCCAGACCACGGCACUCCUCCAGAUCCAGACGGGGUACUAACUCUCAUAGAAGAUAUUAACAGCAGAAUGUAUCAGGUCACACAAGAAAAGGACCCGCCACAACUGAACAUUCUAUGUGUACACUGUUCUGCGGGGGUUGGCAGGACCGGCACUUUCGUAGUUCUGGAUAUACUGCUUGACAAAAUCAAAAUGUCUGGUUUCAACUGCGAAAUAGACGUGCACAACACUGUAAAGCUAGUGCGGUCUCAGCGGAGAGGGAUGGUACAAAACAAAAUGCAGUACAGGUUCAUAUACUUGGCAUUACAAAGUUAUAUAGAUAACAAUAAUAUAAAAUUAAUGAAAAAGGUGUAUAUAUCAGAAGCC